AUGGUACACCUUAAGGCACUUGCCAGUGGCACUCUCUUCGCCUCCCUCGCUUCGUCUGCGGUUAUCAGUCGACAGGCAGCCGCCAGCAUCAAUGAUGCCUUUGUCGCCCAUGGAAAGAAGUACUUCGGUACCUGUUCCGACCAGGCUCUGCUGCAAAACAGUCAGAAUGAGGCCAUUGUCCGGGCGGACUUUGGCCAGCUGACUCCCGAGAAUAGCAUGAAGUGGGAUGCUCUUGAGCCGAGUCAGGGUAGCUUUAGCUUCGCUGGAGCUGAUUUCUUGGCUGAUUAUGCUAAAACUAAUAAUAAACUUGUGAGGGGUCAUACUUUGGUGUGGCACUCGCAACUCCCAUCCUGGGUGCAGGGUAUCACCGACAAGGAUACUUUGACUGAGGUGAUCAAGAAUCACAUCACUACUAUCAUGCAGAGAUACAAGGGCCAGAUCUAUGCUUGGGACGUUGUCAACGAGAUCUUCGAUGAGGACGGCACUCUUCGUGACAGUGUCUUUUCCCAGGUUCUAGGAGAGGACUUUGUCCGCAUUGCCUUUGAGACCGCUCGUGAAGCGGAUCCCGACGCUAAGCUAUACAUUAACGAUUACAACUUGGAUUCGGCGGACUACGCCAAGACCCAGGGAAUGGUUAGCUAUGUGAAGAAGUGGUUGGACGCCGGUGUUCCCAUUGACGGCAUUGCUCUGACCGCGCUCGCCUCUACCGGCGUUUCUGAAGUCGCUGUGACCGAACUUGAUAUCGAAGGAGCUAGCUCCGAGUCUUAUCUCGAGGUGGUCAACGCCUGUCUCGACGUCAGCUCCUGCGUCGGUAUCACUGUCUGGGGUGUAUCCGACAAGGACUCGUGGCGCUCCAGCACCUCCCCGUUGCUAUUUGAUAGCAAUUACCAGGCCAAGGAUGCGUAUAAUGCUAUCAUCGAUGCUCUGUAA